AUGACAACAUUUCCAGUCUCGGGAAUCCUGGUGGAGGCCGAGGCAUUCGAUAACUUCGGUGGCUGGGUUCUGGACUCCCAAUUCGAGACACAGAUGGGCUCACCCUAUCUGUUGGCGCAUGGCAACGGUAAACCCGUUGAAGAUGCCACGACUGUAAUCUCUAUCGAGGAGGAUGGGGACUAUAAUGUCUGGAAUUGGCAACUGGGAGGCAGGGUUAACCUAUGCUCUGGCAAGACUGAGCUGAUACUGCACGACUUGACUGGGUUUUGCGGGCGUUGCGACGCGAUAUUCCUCGGUCGAGAUGAUACCCCUCCGCCCAAUGAGGUGAAUGAAGACACACGCGCAUGGCGACGAAGCCUUCGUGGACUGCCUGACGAGCCUGACGAGCUAAGUGCUUUUGAUGUUGUUGUGGUUGGAGGUGGAGUCACAGGUGCCGCAGCAGCGUUGACGGCGGCCAGGCUAGGAGAACGCGUGGCCCUCGUCCAGGACCGACCCGUACUUGGUGGAAAUGCGAGCGUGGAGAUCGGACUCAGCCCUCGCGGAGUGACUGGGCCUCUUAUAGACGAAAUCUCGCAGCGAACCCCGGAAGGUGACUUGGUUGCCAUCCAGCUGCUUCGUGCUGAACCGAAUGCAACAGUCUUUCUGGAGUCUACCGUCUACAACACGGUCACUACAGACUCCAAUAUUGUCUCAAUUGAUGCCCGUGAUGCUCGAAGUGGCCGAGAGAUCCGUUUCUCGGCGCCGGUAUUCAUCGACUGCUCAGGAAAGUGUAUCUUGGGAUUGCACUCAGGCGCAGAGACACUGUUUGGUCAAGAAUCGCAGACAGAAUAUGGAGAGAGUCUCGCACCAGCACAUGGCGACAACAUGGAUCAUGGAAACACAACCUUCUUCCGCACCCGGAUGGCGGAGUCGGCAGUUCACUUCCCACCUGUUCCAUGGGCUAUUGAGGUGGCAAAAGACUUCUCUGAUCUACGCGGCCAACUGAGGACCCCGGGUCGUGAAAACGGACCUGGCCCCAAUGUUGUGCCUGCCGGAUACGUCCCCGAUCCCACGAUUAAGCAUCGUAUGAAGGGGCCUCUCACCCACUUCUGGGAGUAUGGUCAAUGGCUCGAUCCAUACACCCAAGCUGAGCACAUUAGAGACCAUCUGCUCUGUGCAAUCUACGGCACUUUCUCCAAUGUCAAGACAAUGGAGCCUGAGACCUACGCCAACCUCGAGUUCGACUGGGUCGCAUUUGUGCCCGCGCAGGGCGAGUUCCGAAGAUAUAAAGGUGACUACAUCCUUACCGAGACGGAUAUCCGCACCCACAAGGAGUUCCCGGACGCCGUGGCAAAUAACGGUGGAGCAUUUUGUCUACACUACCCAGGUGAUAAGAAGUACGAUUUCCGUCUGAAGGCUUGGGAAUGGGAUGAAAGAGAUGGGAAAACUUACGACAUUCCAUUCCGCACCCUUUAUUCCACGAACGUCUCCAACCUUAUGAUGGCCGGUAAACAUAUGAGUGCUACUCACGUCGCGGGCUCAAACACCAAAUUCAUGGGCAACUGUGGACAACAUGCUAUCGCGACUGCAGCUGCUGCUCACUUGUGCCACAAGUACGACACAUCGCCUCGAGGAAUCUACGAAAACCACAUUACGGAGCUACAGAGCAUCGUCGUAUCUAUCACUGGACCGGAUGCCCCUGUUGCACCAAGCCGGUUGUGA